GACACACUGCCAACUUGACGCACAGCCCGUCUACCUGCCUCUGCCGUAAACAGCGCUAGGACCUGAAUCUUUUUGCUUCAAUACACUUCAAUUGCACUUUUAAGUGGCACCAGUUUACUCUCAUAUUUCCAGUCAUGAGAUUACGAAAAGGAAUUAUUUCAUAACAUUAAGAAGCUUGUAGUUCAACGUUGAUAUUGUGAGGAACUGGUGAAUCGAGGGAUGAAGUUACCUGUCUGGGACCAGGGCCAGUGGGAGGCAGCCUGGUUGGUGUUAUGGGGAUUUGCAGUGUGUGUGAGGGGUGGGUUUGUGGAGCCUCCUCCAUCCUUUGCAUUACGGUCCUUGACGGAGGGUGAGACGCGGCUGCCCUGUCAGUACCAGGUUCAGGAGGACGAGCAGAUAGUUCAGGUCAGCUGGAUCAAGGAGCUACCUGAUGGCACCAAGGAACAUAUCAUCACCGCCCACCGCACAGAGGGACACACAGAGUUUGGGCGUUACUCUGGGAGAGUGAGGUUUGAGAGCCGUCACUCCAUGGUGAACUCUGCUCUGCUCAUCCUGACCACGGAGGAGUCUGAUGAGGGGAAAUACACCUGUCACAUCAGCACAUUCCCCUAUGGGAACUUUGAGAGGAAGCUGUCACUCACUGUGUGGACCUUCCCAAUCUCCUCUCUGGACCCGGUGGUUUUGGAGGAGGGCCAGUCCUUCCACGUGGCUGCCUCCUGCCGCUCCGUGGCCCGCCCUACACCCCGCCUGACCUGGGACACGGACCUUCCUGGCCAGGCCCAGAACCGCAGCUCCGAGGGCGGGGUCGUGUCCACUCACUUCUCCCUGCACCCCCUGAGGAGCAUGAAUGGCAUGCGGUUGGACUGCCUGGUCUGGCACCCUGCUCUGGAACAACCCCGCAGGAUCAGCAACCGCCUGGUGGUGCAAUUUCCCCCAGAUGCAUCUGUCACAGGCUUUGAUGGCAACUGGUACAUGGGACUGAAGGGAGCUGAACUCCGUUGUGAGUCUGGAGGAAACCCCAAACCAAAAAACUUCACCUGGACCAGGGAUGGUAAGGCUCUGCCAGAUGGUCUGACUGUGGAUGGAGCAAGGCUUCUGUUUGGCCGAGCCCUGAGACAGAAUGACACUGGAGUUUAUGAAUGUGUGGUGAACAACGGCGUUGGGACAAGGAAAGUAGAAUGUAACAUCACAGUUACAGAGACAUCUCGGAGAGUGCAGGAAGUGAUCUUUGACACUCUAGUGAUGAUCAUUAUAGGUGUGGCUGCUGGGGUGUUGGUCAUCGUCAUGAUCAUCGUCAUCAUUUUAGUCAACCGAUACCACAGACGCAAAAACAGCAAAUUAGAGAUGGCGCUUAGCAAAAGGAUGUUAGAAAUCAACACUCUCUCCAGACAGGCCUCCUCCAGGAGACUCAACUCUGUCAGCACAGACCCCAGAGGACAGAAUGAAGACUGUACACUACUCAGACUAGACAGUGGAAUGAAAAAAAGCCUAAUGUCCCUUGAGGACCAUCCCAUCUACAAAGGCAGUCAAUCCACCCUUGGUGGGAAGUGGGGGACGGUUUGUGAGGGUGAUUUGGACUACCUAGGCCGCCCUGUCCUGUACCAAUCUAGCUGGCGACUCUGGCCUUCCUUCCUCAUCCCCAGGACCAGGAUGGCAGUGUGUGGCCCACAGACAUCCCCCCCAAUGCUCAGUGACCUGGGUGGCCAGAGGGAGGGUGUGACCGAAGGGGACGACUGGGGCCACAGACAGGACAUGCUGGAGGUUGAUGAGGCUGACUGUGACACCAGUUCUUACCAGAUCUCAAAGGCACUCCUCAACCACAACAAUGGGUUUCUGCGGCCAAAACCACACUCCAACACCAUCCUCCUACACCCCGGAGGACAGAACAUCUAGACAGGGGUGAAAGGAGUUGGUUGAAAAGGGAACUUUUUCCGUCAGCUCUACCCUAACCCAAUGGUCAUGGAGGCCUGCUACUCACUCCUGUGAACUGAACUUGGAUACAGUUGGACUGAAGUGAGUGUUUGGCAACCUCAUGGUCACAUUAAUUGCCAUUUUUUUUCCAUCAGCAUGGGCUUCUUGUAUACAGUGCCUUCAGAAAGUAUUCACACCCCUUGAUUUGUUGUGUUACAGGGUUAUUACAAAUGGAUUCAAUUUAGAUUUUUUUUUGUCACUGGCCUAUAGACAAUAUCCCAUGUCAAAGUAGAAUUAUGUUUUUGAUUAAAGAAAUGUUUAAUGAAAAGCUUAAAUGUCUUGAGUGAAAAAGGUUUCAACCCCUUGUUAUAGCGAGCCUAAAUAAGUUCAGGACAAAAAAUCUGCUUAACAAGUCACAUACGUUGCAUGGACUCUGUGUGUAACACUGUGGUUUUUGAAUGACUACCUCAUGCCAGUACCCCACACAAUUAUAUGUAAGGUUCCUCAGUCUAGCAGUGAAUUUCAAACACAGAUUCAACUACAAAUACCAGGGAGAUUUUGAAAUGCCUCUCAAAGAAGGGCAUAAAUAUAAAAUGUCUUGUUCAUUCACCCUCUAAAUACACGUCUCAAGGCUUAACAAUCCUUCUUUAACAAGUAACAUCAAUAAGGGAUCGUAGAUUUCAUCUGUAUUCACCUGGUCAGUCUGUCAUGUUCUAUAGUUGCCAUAGUGCCCUAGCCUCACCAUUCCAGGUGAAGCUGGUUGAGAGAAUGCCAAGAGUGUGCAAAGCUGUCAAGGCAAAGGCUGGCUACUCUGAAGAAUCUCAAAUCUAAAACAUUUUGAUUAAACACUUUUUUGGUUA